ACAUACUCGGAGUAUUGCUUGCAAUCCAAUCUUCAGCACUUGUAUACCCUGCCAAGUCAUUGAAUACAUUUUCCAAUUACUUAUUCAGAUAAUCAAUUAAUUGACCAAUUUCACACCAAGUGUGUCGUUGCACAGACACAACAAUCUCAAAGUCUAGCCUGACUUGCUACAUCAUGGCCGACAAAGUCACCGACGAGACGGCCAAGGCCAAGUCAUCUCUGGCACUAUCGCUGAAGAAAUGGGGCGACUCCGCACUCCCACCAGCUCUCCUCUCCACAUUCAUCGGCGCCCAGCAUUUGCGGCCGCCCCAAUAUCUCCCGCUCGCAUUCGCUCCGAUCCUCAUGUUCAGCAGCUAUCUGAACGUCAACUCGUACGUCAAAGACAGCGCCGGAAUCACUGCAGCCUGGUCGGGGCUGUACCUUUUACUCGCGGCGCGGCGGAAACAGACAUUUAGAAAUAAAUGGUCGCCGCGAGGUGCGCUGAGAGGCGCGACGCUGGCCUUGUGCGCGGCGAAUGUGGCGGGAGGCGGUGUGAGCUAUGUUUUUGGGAAAAGAGAUAACGAGGGCAGCAGCACGUCAUGAGCCUGACUUUGACCUGGAGUUAUGUUGGAAAAGGGUUUUUGUAAUAAAAGCAAUUGUGGUGUUUUUUCCCCCUGUCGGAGAGAUUAAGGGAUGAUAAGCGCUCCAUGAUGUGUGUGCGUUUUUCAUAGCGGCUACGUCAGGAAUGAGUAAAGAAAUCAAGCGUGAUAAGGACCGUCUCCACGAACAAAUGCACGAGGCAAGACACGGGGGAAAAGGUACGAAAGGCCCAGUUAGGUCAAAAGCGCAGUACAUAUUCGCUUUAGGUACAAUACGGUCAUGCUAAAGAUUUGAGAUCGCCAUGGUGUGACCAUCUCUCCGUAAUGGCGAAAUGUUUCAAUUGGUCAUUAAUCUCUUAUGAUCCGCAUUGAGGAUAGCAUCAAUACCGAAUGUAAAAAUUUGAUACAUGUACAGCCGUUUG